AUGGAAAUGGUGGAAGAAGGACAAAAUCAACCUAAAAUUGCUACAAAGCGGAUAAAGUUUGAAGAAAUCGUGGAGGUGGGUGGAGGAGAUCGAGUCACUGCGUUGCCGGAUUGCUUGCUUGUUGAAAUCCUGUCUCGUUUACCCUCCACAGAGGACGCUAUCAGAACAGGUACUCUCUCCAAGCGAUGGAAACAUCUCUGGACUUCGGUUCCUUCUCUCAUUUUCGAUGAUGAUAAUCAUCCGCGGCUGGAUUUCGUUUCGUUAGUCACCAAAACCCUAAAUCAAUGCCACCAUCAGAAGCUGAAGAAAUUCGUAGUGUCUACCAGAUAUGAUACUCGAUCUGAAUCGCAAAUCCACGAUUGGAUUCGCUAUGCUAUAAAUUGUAACGUUGAAGAGCUAAAUUUAAAGUUAUGGAAUGCGGAAGUCAUAGCCGAUGAGUUUCUUUUAGAUCAAUUUUUCUUCAUCAAUUCAUGUUUUACUGAUCUUAGAUUAUCAGGCUGCAUAUUGUAUCCAAGUGGGGCGAUUAGCUGGAAAAAUCUCAGGAGUUUGUUGAUAUCCGAAGGGAAUUUAGAUGAAGAAUUGAUUGGAAAUAUAUUAUCCGGGAGUCCUCAACUGGAAACGUUGGUGUUCAAUGAAUGCUAUGGUUACAAGCGGCUUGAUAUUACUUCAAAGAGUGUUAAGAACUUGGUGUUCAGUGGAUACUACUGGGUUCCUCCUGAUGAUGAAUGUGAUGAUUUCUCCCAUAUUAUUGAAAUUAAUGCUCCUAAUAUUUUAUCCCUAACAAUCAAAGGUGAUUUGUUGCUGUGGAAGAUUUUAUUGGUAAAUGUGUCUUCUUUAAUCGAAGCCAACUUAGAUUAUACAAUGCUUGGGCAUCAUGAGACAACAGAGUAUUCACUUUUUGGGUAUCAUGCAACAACACUUAAAGACGAAGAAGAGAUGCUUGAAGAAUUUAUACUAAACCUUUCCCAUGUCAACGAGCUUAAAGUUGGAAGAUCCUGUUCUAAGGUUGUGUCUCGUUUGGAUUUUAAUGGUUUUGUUUUUCCAUCAAAUAUCAAGUUUCCUGAUGCCACGUAUGAUUGGUCUGAUAGUGAUUCAAUUGAAAGCAGAGAUUGUGAUUCAGUUGAAAGUGGAGAUUGGUGAUGCUUUGAUUUCAUGUUUAUCUCUUGGAAUAUUUAUG